UAAUUGUGUUUACCGUGUUUAAAUCGCCUGCAUCUCCGAAAAUCCAAAAAUGCACUACAUUUACAAGUUAUUAUGAAUAAAACCAUUGAAAAAAAUACAUUCUCUGGCUUAUCGAUGAGUUGAUACUUUCGGCCACAAUGGCAAACCAUUACGAAGUCCCAUCUUGGGCGGGCAAACCAUCGGUAGGACUGCAUCUGGAUGUUCUCAAGGGAGACAAACUUAUACAAAAAUUAAUGAUUGACGAAAAGAAGUGCUACCUUUUCGGGAGAAAUGCGCAAAUGAAUGAUUUCUGCAUUGAUCAUGCAUCAUGUUCAAGAGUGCAUUCUGCACUGGUUUAUCACAAACAUUUGGAUAGAGCGUUUUUAGUUGACUUGGGAAGCACACAUGGAACUUUUAUUGGUUCGAUGAGAUUAGAAUCCAACAAGCCUACACAAUUGCCAAUUGACUCAAGUUUUCAUUUUGGAGCCUCAACAAGAAAUUACAUCAUCAGAGAGAGGCCACAGGCUGGAAUAAGGCCUAUUAUUGAUGAGAUUGAAAAGGCAGGGGAGGAAACUGAAGGUGGAUUGCUUGGUUUACCUGAAACUGAAACAGAAUUAGAUAAUUUAACAGAAUUCAACACAGCUCAUAAUCGUCGAAUUUCAAUGCUUGGCAUCACUGAUGACACGGAAAAACGCACUACGAAUCGUAAACGUAAACGACGCGGCGUGUCCUUCAAUGAAGAUGAAGAAAUUAUCAACCCUGAAGACAUUGAUCCUACUGUUGGUCGUUUCCGAAACCUUAUUCAGAGCACCGUCAUGCCUACAGCGCAUAAGCGCCAAAAAUUGAGCGAAUCUAUUGGCAUCUCAUCACAUAAUGACUUUAAACUUCCCAAACCUAUUCACACUACAAUUCCGCAGUUGUACCAAGAUUUACCUCCUGAAACAAAUUCAUCCACAACGACAAAUUCGAAUAUUUAUAGUUCAUUGGGCACAAGACUUGGUAUGAAUCUACCAAAUCCAGCGCCCGAUGUUGAAAUGGAACCAAACUAUGUGCCGCAAGUCGCCUUUGCACAGCCACAACAAACACCAACAGAUAGUUUAGAACCUAAGAAGAAAAAGUACGCGAAGGAAGCUUGGCCUGGGAAGAAACCAGCACCGACGUUGCUGAUGUAACUUUGGUGAAAACUUUGUACCUUGAAAUGUUCAGUUUGGUAAGUAUUUAGCGUGUCCCGAAAAAAUCACUGUAUACAUCUUUUUGUCGGUAAUUAAACAUGAUUGACAAUCGAAUGAAAUGCUAUAGAACUGAUUUGUAUAUUUUCAUUUAUUUGGUAUUUUAUAACUUCGUAUAAAGUGGAAUGAUUCAAUGUUCUGAAUAAAUGACUUGAUCGAUG